AUGAAGUUAUAUCUACGAUAUCUUGGAGUGAUGUAUCGUAUCUCGAUGCACAAAGGAUACGCCUUCGUUCAGUUCACAAACCCGUUCGACGCCCGCGGGGCCUGCUUGGGCGAAGAUGGUAGGACAGUCCUCGGCCAGACGUUAGGUAGAAGCUGCCUGCUGAUUCAGAUGGCCACUGAUACUCUUUCACCUGUCCUCCUGUCAAUCAUCGAAGUCUGCUAUUGUUCCUCUUCUGAGCUCAUGGCAGUUCCUCCGCGAUAA